CACUUGGUGUCGAUGUCGAGGAAUCCUGUCAUUGUUGUGAAUGAGUACACUUAGCCCGUUGUUUGAAAUUUGUCUGUAGCCAACAUGGCGGACGACCUGGACGUUGAUAUCGAAGGAGACGAAUAUGAUGCUAAAUUGGGUGGAUUUGGUGAGGGAGCAGCGCUACUCCAGAACCAGCACCCGCAGUCAGCAUGGAAGAACAAUACUGGAGUCUUGCCAUGGGGACUAGACAGCGCCAUCAGUGCAGAGAACAUGCUGCUAGAGGAACAGUAUUAUUUGACAGGUAAAGAGAUGUCCAAGAGUGUGUGGGCCAACUCGGCUAACUGCAAGCCUAAACCCAAAGUGAAGAAGUCUCCUGCCAAGCCUUCAAGUUCAGGCUCCUCCACAGCCACUCGCUGGUCUCAGCAGGAGAAGGAGCUGUUUGAGACAGGACUGGCUCAGUUUGGCCGUAGGUGGACUAAGAUCUCCAAGCUGGUAGGCAGUCGGACCAUUCUACAGGUGAAGAGCUACGCCAGACAGUACUUCAAACACAAGGCUAAAUCAGAGUGCAAUACUACUGCAGUGGCAACCCCUACAGCCCCCCUGGUUUUAGGCCAGGUCCCAGAAGCAGGGUCAACAGUGUUCACCUCUGGCCUGUCUGUCCCCACCCACCUGUCAGCUCUGACCAACACUGUCCGGAUAGAGAAACUGGGAGAUGAAGAGGAAGAGGAGGUGGACAUAACUGAUGACUUCAGCGAUGAGGGAAGUAGUGGAGGAGAAAGAAAUAUUGAGGGAAAUGUUGAGGACCUCCAGGCUGGAGUUAGGACUGAGACACAUGAGCCUGGAGGGCCAGAGGAGCUGGACAACCAUGGAGAGAUCCACCAGGUGCAACCCAACCAGACACACCCCAGGCUGGAAGAGACAGAUCAGGAGCAGCCUAACUGUAGCCCUCCAUCUCCCCUCACAGCUCCAUGCCCAGCAGAGCAGGCCCCCAGCGGACAGUUUGAGGGGGGAACUGCUGAGCCCCUGAGGGACCCAGUGGAGUCUGGAGAGGAGACAGGGGGGUCUGGGUGGCAAGAGGCAGGGGAGGAGUUUGAAGAGGAGGAGCUUACAGCCCCCGAGCAGGAAGCGGAGCUGGACCUGGCGACUAUCACUGAGGAGGAGAAACAAGCUAUCCCAGAAUUCUUUGAGGGACGGCCAUCCAAAACCCCAGAGAGAUACCUGAAGAUCAGGAACUACAUGCUGGACCAAUGGUUGAAGAGUAAGCCCAAGUACUUGAACAAGACGUCAGUGCGUCCUGGUCUGAAGAACUGUGGAGAUGUCAACUGUAUCGGCAGAAUACACACCUACCUGGAGCUGAUAGGAGGCAUCAACUUCAACUGUGAUCAGGCAGUGUAUAACCGUCCCAGGGUGGUGGAUCGUUCUAAACCCAGAGAGAGCCGAGACACUCUGGAAUACCAGCUGGCCCAAAGACUACAGAGCAUGCGAACCAGGAAGCGUCGUGUGAGGGACGUGUGGGGGAACUGGCGUGACGCUAAAGACCUGGAGGGACAGACAUACGAGCACCUGAGUGCAGAGGAGCUAGCCCUGAGGAGAGAGAUGAGGAGACCUCAUAAACCCUGUAAGGUCUCCAGGCACAGAGGGUUGCUGGAUCCGUUCCAGCUGAUUCCGUGUCGUGUGUUUGGAAAGGAAAGGCAGGAGCCCUUUCAUGUGACAGUGUGUGCCGAGGCUCUCCUCAUCAUGGACAUGCAUGCCCAUGUGUCGAUGGGUGAAGUCAUCGGGCUACUGGGAGGAUCCUACAGCGAGGAAGACAACGUCCUGAAGAUUGUUGCAGCGGAGCCGUGUAACAGUGUGAGUACAGGUCUGCAGUGUGAGAUGGACCCUUUGUCUCAGACUCAGGCCUGUGAGCUGUUGUCUAGCCUGGGCUUGGCUGUCGUGGGAUGGUACCACUCUCACCCCACCUUCCACCCAAACCCCUCUAUACGGGAUAUACACACACAGGACCAGUUCCAGAGUUAUUUCUCUCGAGGCGGAGCCCCGUUUAUUGGGAUGAUUGUGAGUCCGUUUGACCCUGCUAACCCCUCCCCCCGCUCCCAAACCACCUGCCUGAUGGUCAGAGAGGAUCAAGGACCAGGACCACAGAAGCUGCCCUACAGGUUUGACUACCAGUGUUCACAGCAGCAGCCUGACUGGAGCCAGCUGAUGAGGAGGGCAGAGUGGAUUAUCCACAAGUAUAAACACGCCCACGGCAGUGUCCAGAUGGACAGGCCGUUCCGCAGGGACUCUCAUCUCACCUGUCUGGAGAAGAUGAUGUCAUCAUUGGGGAGGUAUCUGGAGCCCCUGCUAGAGGAGGAGGGAGACCACUUCCUCUCCCAGAUCCACACUCUGUUCCUGUCACACUUUGUUGCUGAGAAACCAAGAGGCGAGGAUGAGGGCGAAACCGCUGACUCCUCAGAUCCAAACAACACCCAUGCCUUCUUCCCCUUCACUCAGCCAAUCAACAUCAGAGGAACAGAUGACACAGGAACAAAGGAAAACUGGCAGAAUGAAUCGGUCUCGCCCAUUGAUAGUAUAGAAACGCCUAAUAUAGAAACCACUAACUCACACACAGCUAACCAAGAGAACUUACAUCCAAUGCAGUUUGGUUCUGUGUUGUUAACUGGUCAUGAUUAUCUAUUCUGAAUCUAAUAGAUUUCUCUAUAUAUCCAGUUUGUAAUGCAGUUGAAACAAUAACAAAGCGUUUUCCCCUGUUUGGGUAAAAAGCUGGGGGAUGGGGCUGGAGAUAUGUAACCCCUCACAGACACAGCUAUAGAUGCAAGGACUGACCAUCCAUGAUAUAAAAAUGAUUGUUUCAACCAUGUUUUGGAGCUAUAUAGUGUUUGUUUAAAAACAUUGUAGUAAAACAAGUGUAUAUUUUGGGUUCUGAUGGGAUACAACAGUUCAAGAAUCAAUGGGUACAUAUAAAUCAUUUAUCUUUCCAAAAAUGAAUGAACCUCCAGAUUGCCCUUUUAACCCCUUGUGUGGUGUUCAUGUUUUGAUUAUUCACCCAAUGUUCACCGGUCUGAUGGACCCACAACAUUACUGGGUUUUUAAAACAAUUCAGCCAUAACAAUUUAUGUAAAAAUACUUACUACUUAGAUGUUGACUUAAAUUAGUAACAAGCAAUAUAGACAGCAUACAUGGUUAAUAUAGACAGCAUACAUGGUUAAUAUAGACAGCAUACAUGGUUAAUAUAGACAGCAUAUAUGGUUAAUAUAGACAGCAUAUAUGGUUAAUAUUUGCCAUUUACCUCUGCUAGAUCACAUUUAUCAAUAAAAAUGUUUUUUUUUUUUUUUUUUACCAAAAUAAAUGAUCAAGACA